ACUUGAAUAAGAUGUAUCUAGUGUGCUGAGAGAAAACCUAAUGUCCUUUAUGAUAAUUUUGCUAUUAAAAAGGAAACUCGUUUUUAAUAACAUGGUGUGAUCAUGCUGUACAUACAGUAUGCAAUAUCAAAAAAAAUUAACUUACGAUAAACUAGAUCCACCAACAGAUAUCCAAGUUCUUGUAAUUGGUAAUACAACUAAAAUUUCAUGGAAAGUUCCUAAUGACCAAGGGAUAAUAUGGUCUCGGAUCUAUAUAAGCAAUUCAACAGGAGGCUAUUUGGAUUUAAGUUUAGGAGGAGGACAUCAUUUUAAAGAUAUACGAUUUACCACUUCUUUCUUUGAGAUAGUCAAUCUGAGUUUAUGUUCUAAAUAUACUGUCAUAAUUAGAUUUUUACAUAGAACGCAAUCUUCAAAAUUCGCCGCCAAAACGUUCAGGAUAACAACAACAGUAAAAUUAACAUUCUUCCCUGAGCAUCCAUUUAUCGGCAAGGAUAUCAAAUUCACCUGUAACUCAGUGGUACAUUCAUGUCCAGGAGAAAGACCUUUCGAUCUGUCAUUUACAUUUUAUGGGAACAAGAGAGGCGAUACUGACAAGAAUACGUUAACGAUACAUGCACUUACUAAGUCAGAUAAGGAAAUGCAGAUAUCCUGUCAGGCAAUUGAUGACCUUGGAAAAGUCUUUUACUUGAGUAAUUCUGUAACAUUAGAUCCAUACUAUAGUCCUGACAACAUUUUUCUGGAACCUGAAGGUACAUUAGUUAAUGUUAGAGAAGGGACUACUUUAGGCCCUAUAAACUGUGUGGCAACCUGUUAUCCUGAAUGUUCAUACCAUUGGAAAUACAAUGUGACAGGACGUUUUGAACUCGUUCCAAUCCAAUUGGUAUCAAACCAAGGAAAGACUCUAACUGUAUCACAAAUAAAACGAAAUCAGACAGGGACGUUCCGUUGUCAUGUGGAUUAUAAUGUUUCUCGUAUAAAGAAGACAACAGAUGUAUCAAUCAAUGUGCAGUAUGGUCCUGACAAAGUUGUCCUUGAUCCUGGUCGCACAUCUAUCAAUGUAACAGAAAACAGUACACAGGGACCUAUACAUUGCACUGCAGCCUGCAAUCCGAUAUGUACAUACCAAUGGAAACACAACAGGACAAGACACUUUGAGCAAGUCAAAAACAGUUUACUAUCAGACCACAACCAAACUCUUACUGUGCCUCACAUUAAACGAAGCCAGAACGGAACCUUUCGCUGUCACGUGGAUUACUAUCCACAUCAAAAUUAUAAGAUAUCAGAUAUAGAAAUUAAUGUGCAGUAUGGUCCUGGUAGAGUUAUCCUUGAACCUGCAAGCACAUAUAUCAAUGUAAAAGAAGGAGAUACGUUAGGUCCUAUACAUUGUACUGCAACCUGUAAUCCGGAAUGUAAAUACCAAAUGGGAAUACAAUGUGACAGGACGUUUUAAA